ACGUGACAGAGGAAGAGGCUCGGACCCAUUACACAAUAAUAAAACUAUGCCUUUGGCAAAGUGGAGCCAAAGCCUAGAGCUGAUGCAGGAAGCUAGCGAUACAUGCAAAACGGGGUAAAACAUUAAUAAAGACGAAAGAGCCGAGAAGUGAGGACUGCAGAGCACCCUCAGAAGGACGCUGUCGUGGCAGGACGGGCUCUGUGCUCUGCUGCGUGACAGCGAUCUGCAGCAAAACAGCAGCAAAACCGUGCGGGAUUCCAGCGCCUGUCAAGAUCUCGCUGAAGAGAUCAGCCUGGGCUGCGCCAUGAUCUCUGCUGUCCUCCUCCUCUGGACCGUGCCCUGCGUGGCAAACCACAUCCUCGGGGGCUCUGCCAAGGCAGCGCUGCAGGAGGGUCCCCAGCUGGCGUGCAGCCUGCCGGGCCCCCCUGGGCCCCCCGGUCCUCCCGGUGCUCCCGGUGCUCCGGGGACGGUCGGCAGGAUGGGCUUCCCGGGGAAAGAUGGCAAGGAUGGCAAGGACGGGGACAAAGGCGAGCACGGUGAUGAAGGUCCGCGGGGCAGAACAGGAAACCCAGGCAAGCCAGGACCAAAGGGGAAAGCGGGAGCUAUCGGCAAGGCAGGCCCACGAGGACCAAAGGGUUUAAAGGGCAAUCCUGGAAAAAAUGGAGCACCGGGAAAGAAAGGACCCAAAGGGAACAAGGGUGAGACUGGCAUGCCAGGACCCUGCACCUGUAAUGCCAACAAAGCCAAAUCUGCCUUUUCUGUGGCUGUCUCCAAAAGCUACCCAAGGGAAAGGCUGCCCAUCAAAUUUGACAGGAUCCUUAUGAACGAAGGAGGACAUUACAACGCUUCCAGCGGGAAAUUUAUAUGCAGCAUCCCAGGUAUUUACUACUUCACUUAUGAUAUCACCUUGGCCAACAAACAUUUGGCCAUUGGCCUGGUCCACAACGGGCAAUACCGGAUCAAGACCUUCGACGCCAACACUGGGAACCACGACGUUGCCUCUGGAUCAACCAUCCUUUCUCUGAAGCGGGAGGAUGAAGUAUGGCUGCAGAUCUUUUACUCUGAACAAAACGGGCUCUUUUAUGACCCCUACUGGACAGACAGCUUAUUCACUGGCUUCCUGAUUUAUCCUGAUCAAGAUUAUCUCAAUGAAAUAUAGAGCGAGAAACAAACCCAUCGGGAAAAGAAUAGGAAAUGGAUGCAACCUCAGUCCAGCAAAGUGUAGCCUGUACAUGGACAUGUGUGGUGUUAUAUCAUUCCACAUUUUUCACGCUAACAGCCUGUAUUGGCUCCUUAGAUAUUUACUUGAUGUCACCAACUAGUCCACAGGGUGUGCCAGGAUUAGUAGGAACAACCUUUAAGUAACCUCAUGAGUCUCUAAACCUUGAAGCUACCCGUCAUGUUUUCCCACCACCAUCCAAACGUUCCAUGGACAUGUAACUCAAGUACUGGUGCAGAAUGUUUUCAUUAUUGUAUUAUUAUAAAGCGUGGAGAUCAAAAAUCAUUUCCUGAAAGCCGAGCUCCUAAGUGCCAUUGAUGUUGGAGACUGUAUCAGUGCCUCUCUGCCCCCCACCCCCAAUAAUAAUAAUAAUAAUAAUAAUAAUAAUAACAACAACAAUAAGCCUUGUUACACUUUACCAGCUUCCUAAAAGUCAGGAAGUUAUCAGCUACUGUUACAAAAGUGCCAGUAACUCUCAGCCUCAUCAAAGCAGAACUAAUAAGCAAAGGCAUCCGGUCUAAACAGGACAUGCCACAAAGGAGAGAGCUCAUUUAAGGCUGAAGGUAAAACUCCUGCUAAGAUACAUCUUGUUGCAUUGAGCACUGCUGGCAUUUCUCAGAUUUCAGCUGCUUGUAGUGGUGCUGGGGUCCUGUACUGGCUUUCAGGCGAGCACUGAUAAGAUAUGACCAGAGACAAACUUUGGCUGUGCAAGCCAAAUACUUGCCAGCCUCCUACCCUUGGCAGAGAGGGAACUUCGCAAACAGGACUGAAUUUUCUGAGACAAACAUGAACCUUCACUACAGAAACAGCUUCAGUAACACACCCAUGUCUUGAUUCCUGCCAGUUUUUCCUUCAUCCCUGGCAGCUUUUGCUGGAAGGAGAUACUUGUGGUGCUGCUGAGAUCCUCCUCAAGGGCUUAAGGCUACACACAGACUCUGGUCUUACCGAUAUGCUUUGUUUUUUGGUUUUGUAUGUCAAUAUUACAGAUACUCUAAAAUCAACGUCUUGGUGCUAAAUGGUAUUUAAAAGAUAAGAAGCAGAAAAGUCAAAAGCUGAGCUUUUUGCUUUUGCUAUGUUGAGCUUUGCUUUUCUUUCCAACCCAAAAAUCAGCUAAUACAGGGAUGUGCUCCAAAAGGAUUUGCUAUUACCAUAGCAAGAAGAGUUCUCCUGCUAUCAAGCUGCCCAUUCGGCUGCCUUGCCCCAGGAUGUCAAACCCCACCCUGUAACAGAGGGCUAUCUCAGCAGCCAGAUGGAAGGAGUCCCUUCCUCACUAUCAGAUGCAUCUUCUUGGUUUCCACAUUCAUAUUUCUUGGCUCCUUUAUCACUUCGCUAAACUUCAUACGAAUUUCCAGCUCCUCUAAUCUUCAUAUUCAGGCACUGAAGGGGUAGUCCAUAAGAACAAAUUAAGAUUUUUUUUUUAAAUCUUACUUUCACAAAUUAAAAUAGUUGCAUGAUUUUCGUGAACUACAGUAAUUGUGUUACAUCUUUUGAAAAUAAUUUCAAAUACAUUUUAUAAAAAUAAAUCUGAACAAAAAUACUGGAAUACCCUUGAUACUAAUAAAGCAGUGUUCUAGAAGUU